AUGCCGCCGUUACGAAAUAUUUCGUGCAAAUCAGUUUUAGCACUGAUUAUAUCAUGUGUUUUGGUUAUAAUUGGUAUCAUAGGUAUUGUUUUUGGACCUGGUAUACUUCAAAAACAAAUAAAUAAUAAUUUACCAUUAAGUGUCGAUUCUGAUCAACUUGAUUCAUGGAAAACACCACCUGUUCCAAUUUAUUUACAAUUUUGGUUAUGGGAAUGUGUUAAUGUUGUUGAUUUUAUUCAAGGAGCAAAACCACUGAUUGUUGAACGUGGUCCAUUUACUUAUUUAGAACAUCGCACAAAAUCUGGAGUAUAUUUUAAUGAAAACUAUACAGUUACAUAUCGUCAACCAAUAUCAUAUACAUUUUUACGUAAUAUGUCAAUUGAUGAUGAACAAGUACCAAUAACAAUGGUCAAUACACCAAUAGUUACAAUCAUUUCGCUUGUUCGUAAUCAAUCAAAUAUAACACAAGAAAUAUUUAAUUUUAUUAAGAAUGUUUUUAAUGAAUCAUUAUUUGUUACACAUACAGCACGUGAAUGGAUUUGGGGUUAUGAAGAUCGAUUACUUAAAGCAGCAAGAGCAAUACCUAUUUUACAAGAUUUAAUACCCGAUGAUCAUUUUGGAUAUUUUUAUGGACAAAAUGGAACUGAUGAUGGAUUAUAUACAGUAUUUACAGGUCAAAAACAUAUCAGCUUAUUAAAUAUUAUUAAUAAAUGGAAUGGUCUUUCGUAUCUACCUUAUUGGAAAACAUUAUGGGGUAAUCAAAUCAAUGGAACUGAUGGUUCAUGGUUUCCUCCUUUAAUAAAUAAAGAUCUUCAAUCUGAACGUUUAUAUAUGUAUUCAACUGAUAUAUGUCGAUCAGUCUAUGCUACAUUUGAACAUCAUUCAGCAAUAUUAAAAAUUCCAACAGAAACAUUUUCGAUUCCAUCUGAAGUAUUUCUUAAUUCUACACUUAAUCCAGAUAAUAUUGCUUUUGGUACAUAUGAUUCAGGUGUACUUGAUGUUAGUACAUGUCGACAAGGUGCACCAAUAUUUAUAUCAUUACCACAUUUUCUAUAUGCGGCUGAUCAAUAUAUAAAAAGUGUUUAUGGUAUUGCACCAGAUCCAAAUGCUCAUCGAACAGUACUUGAUGUUGAACCACAUACAGGUCUUGUAUUAAAUGCUCAAAAACGUUUACAAAUAAAUGUAUUCGUUCAACCUGACCCAUUAAUUGAUGAUCUUAAACAAAUAUCACAAGUUAUCUUACCAACUAUAUGGAUAAAUGAAUCCACAACAAUUGAUCAAAAGUCAGCAAAUGAUUUAAAUAAUCAAGUUUUACGUUAUUUUACUAUUAUUCGUUGGGUAUCGAUUGUAUUAAUUCCAGUUGGUGUAGUUAUAUUUAUUAUAACAAUUGCUGUUUUAGCAAAACGACGUUCUCAAAGAAAUACAUUUACACCGAUAAAUAAUGCAGGAUCAACUAAUUCAGUGGCAUCUGAUAAUGAUUUUUGA